AUGAAGAGACUUUCCAGCUCUGAAUCUCUAGGUGCUCUCAUCACAAUUUGUCCUACAACAGAGGAACAUAGUCCGAGGAGGAACAACAACAGCAACGACAACAACAACAACGUGUUUCAGUCGAUGUUAGAAGGAUUUGAUGAAGAAGGGUGUGUUGAGGAAGUGGGGCAGAAGAAACGAAGACUGAGUGUGGAUCAAGUGAAGGCUUUGGAGAAGAAUUUUGAAGUUGAGAACAAGCUUGAACCAGAUAGGAAAGUGAAGCUUGCACAAGAGCUUGGGUUGCAACCAAGACAAGUUGCGGUUUGGUUUCAAAACCGUCGUGCUAGAUGGAAAACUAAACAGUUGGAGAGAGAUUAUGGAGUUCUUAAAGCUAGUUUUGAUGCACUUAAGGUUAAUUAUGAGUCACUUCAACGUGAUAAUCAAACCUUACUCAAAGAGGUUAAGGAAUUGAAAUCAAGAUUACAAUUGGAAGAAGAAAACACAACAACAGAAAGUGAUGUUUGUGUAAAACAAGAGUUAAUAACAUUGCAAGAAACAGAAAACACUACAUCCGAUGAAACCGCUAUUCUUAGAUCCGAUUCUAAGGACACCGAUUACAACUGUUUCAAAAACACCGAUGUAGUAGCUUCUCUGUUUCCUGCGGAUUUGAAAGACGGUUCUUCGGAUAGCGAUUCAAGCGCAAUCUUGAACGAAGAAAACAACAACAGUCCAAAAGCCGCGAUUUCUUCAUCUGGGGCUCUUCAAAAUCAGAGCUUUUUGAAGUUCGAUGGUUCUUCAUCUUCUUCGCCGUCCUCAAUGAGUAAUUGUUUUCACUUUCAGAAUGAGUAUCAGAUUCAGACACAGUAUGUGAAAAUGGAAGAGCAUAAUUUUCUAAGUCCUGAUGAGACUUGUAAUUUCUUCUCCGAUGAACAACCACCGACGCUUCAAUGGUAUUGUUCGGAAGAGUGGAAUUAA